AUGAUUACUAUAAUAUUUCAUGUUCUCACCGUGACGCGUACCUCUAUUGCACAACUGUGGAAAUCUGUUGAGGUUCCGGACUUUGAGGUUAUUAAAGCUAAGGUGAGAUAUAACCUCACCCUUGAACGAUUGAUUGCUCAACAGUUCUUAAUAAAUGAUACAGGGCUAAAGCUGCUUAAAGGGUCUGCUAAGUCAUUGUUACCUGAACAAGCCUAUGGAGAGGUGAACCAGCUGGGCGGUGUGUUUGUCAAUGGAAGACCCCUGCCCAAUGCCAUCAGGCUCAGGAUAGUGGAGUUGGCCCAGCUUGGAAUCAGGCCUUGUGAUAUCAGCAGACAGCUACGGGUGUCUCAUGGAUGUGUUAGUAAAAUCCUGGCCAGAUAUAACGAAACAGGAUCGAUCCUACCUGGGGCAAUUGGAGGCAGCAAACCCAGAGUCACCACUCCCAAUGUGGUGAAGCACAUCAGGGAGUACAAACAAGGAGACCCCGGCAUCUUUGCCUGGGAGAUCAGGGACCGUCUUCUGGCUGACAACGUCUGUGAUAAGUACAAUGUGCCUUCUGUCAGCUCUAUUAGUAGGAUUUUAAGGAAUAAAAUUGGGAACUUGUCUCAGCCUAGUCAAUAUGAGAACACCAAGCAGCCAACUUCACAGCCAACAUUACCAUAUAAUCAUAUCUACCAAUAUCCUUAUCCAAACCCAAUAUCUCCUGGCUCUACCAAGGUGGGCAGUCACCAUGCUGGAGUACAUAUGCCACCUGGACAUGUCAGCAUUGCCCGCUCCUGGCCCUCAGCUCAUUCUGUCAACAACAUUCUGGGCAUCCGCACCUUCAUGGAACAAACAGGAGCCAUUGCUGGAGCAGACGGUGCUAUGUAUUCCCCCAAAAUGGAAGAGUGGACAAGCAUGAACAGAACCGGAUUUCACGCUGCCCAGAAUAUCAAUGGAAUCGAGAAAUCUGUAGAAUCUGACAUUAAAUACCCCCAGGCGGCCUCAAGUCUCUCCACUGUGGGGGGCUUCGUCCAAGCCUGCGCUUACCCCUCUACCAACCAGUAUGGGGUAUAUGGGGGUCCAGGAGCCGGAUAUGUUACCCCGGGGCACCACUGGCAAGCACAAGGAAGCCCCCUUACCCAUCAUGGCCCAGGAGUGACUGUACAUGGCGGAGACAUCGCGGCCCCUAUGACUUUUAAGCACCAAGUCAGGGAAGUUAUGAAUAGAAAGCAAAGUAGUCCCAUCAUAAAGCACCAAGACGCCUUGAGCAGUGUACAUGGAAUCUCAAUACCUGCUUCAUCAACUUAGCAAACUCUGGGCACGGAAGGUGUUGUUUGACUUUAUUUUGGCUAUAAAGACAUUGAAUAGGUC